AUGUUCUCGGCAGGCCUCAGAAGAGUCCUUCCUGUUAGGAGCCCUGUUUCGCUCAGAACGUCUAUAAAAGGACGUCUCCCGCUCUCCGUCAGAUUCCAAUCCACAGCAGAACCUCUCAGAACUAGAGUAGCCACCACCAUCGACAGAGAGUUGCCCGACCCACUCAAACCGCAGCGUGAGAACCGUCGUUAUUUUGUCAUCUACGCGGUCGGUGUUGUGGUCAGUUGCGCCAUCAUCUUCAACUACGAGAAAACCGGAUCUCCAAUCAUCAACUCGCUCAUGUACUGUUUGAGACGGUCAGAGGUGGCCAAAAGCAGUUUGGGUGACAAUAUCGGCUAUGCUUCGGAGUGGCCGUGGAUAUGGGGUCCUUUGAACACUGUUCAGGGCCGCAUCGACAUCCAGUAUAAGGUCAAGGGUGAUAAGCAGGGAGCCACUGUGCACCUUAAAGCUUCUCGAGUGUCUGCGAUUUUACCAUUUGAGGUGGAACAUCUUUAUCUUGAGUAUGCAGAUGGUCUGACUGCAGAUCUUCUCAAGGAUAAGUCGAUUGACUUUGAGUUCUAG